GGUUUUAUUUUGAAGGCUAUGGCCGGAAGUGCUGUUCUUCCUCUCGUCUGUCUGCAGUGACUGUGGCGUGUCACUGAGGUAGUCGUCCAAAGGAGCGUCAGUACGUAGGUUGUGGUAAUAGAGGUGGAUGUGAGAGGAAGUUAGAUGUGUUAAUAACACAGUCACCCGGUGUACAGGCUGCUGUACGGCAGGACCCAUCUGAGCUGGCGGCCCGGCGGCUGCUGUAGCUACCUUACCGGCUAGCUAGCUAACCAAACCCGCUGUUUUCACCUAUUUAAAUAGACGGAUAGUGCGUACAAAGCGGGGCCUCUGGCUAGUACGCCUCGGUUUACAGCUGUCCUGGAGAGUUAAAACACCCCGGAUUAUUCUCCGGAGCAACAUCCUGUUGAGAUGGACAACCUGAGUGAUGCCCUGGAGAAGCUGAAGCUAGCUUCUACCGACAGCGCCACUGACAGCGUGGAGAGCUGUCUGGACUGCUUGCUCAAAGCACUCGCCAACAACAACACUGAGGCCAGUGUGAAGAUCCAGGAGAUGGGCAUUCUUCCUCUGCUCCCCACCCUGCUAAAUCCCCAGUCUUCCAGCACCCCUAAAGUAGCCAACAUCAUAGCUGAGGUGGCCAAAAAUGAGUUCAUGCGGAGUCCCUGUGUUGAAGCCGGACUUAUCCCUCCUCUAACUCAGCUGUUAAACUCCACCGACCAAGAGGUUUUGCUGCAGACUGGUCGAGCUCUUGGCAACAUCUGUUAUGACAGCCAUGAGGGCAGGAGUGCAGUUGACCUGGCAGGAGGGGCUCAGAUAGUAGCUGAACACAUUAAAUCGCUCUACCAAAAUACUGAGCCGGAAAAUGAGAAGCUCUUGACUGUCUUUUGUGGCAUGCUGAUGAACUAUAGCAAUGAUAAUGAUUCCUUACAGGCCCAGCUGAUCAAUAUGGGUGUGAUUCCCACUCUGGUGAAGCUGCUAGGCAUCCAUUCCCACAACACAGCCCUGACAGAGAUGUGUCUAAUUGCCUUUGGGAAUUUGGCUGAGCUUGAGUCCAGCAAAGAGCAGUUUGCCUCCACUAAUAUUGCUGAGGAGCUGGUUCGUCUUUUCCAGAAGCAGACAGAGCAUGAGAAGAAGGAGAUGAUUUUUGAGGUCCUGGCUCCACUUGCAGAAAAUGAUGUGAUAAAGCUGCAGCUGGUGGAGGCGGGCUUGGUGGAGUGUCUGCUUGAAGUGGUGGCUCACACUGUUGAUGGAGUGAGGGAGGAGGACAUCGCCCAACUCAAGACUGCCUCCGACCUCAUGGUCCUCCUGCUCCUAGGAGAUGAGUCCAUGCAGAAGCUGUUUGAGGGAGGAAAGGGCAGUGUCUUCCAGAGGGUCCUGUCCUGGAUUCCAUCUCAUAACCAUCAACUGCAGCUAGCUGGAGCUCUGGCCAUCGCUAAUUUUGCUCGCAAUGAUGGGAACUGCAUCCACAUGGUUGACACUGGUAUUGUGCAGAAGCUUCUAGAACUGUUGGACCGACACGUUGAGGAAGGCAACGUCACUGUUCAGCACGCAGCUCUCAGUGCCCUGCGGAAUCUGGCCAUACCUGUGGUAAACAAAUCCAAGAUGCUGUCAGCGGGUGUAGCGGAUAUGGUGUUGAAGUUUUUACAAUCAGAGAUGCCUCCAGUGCAGUUUAAACUCUUGGGGACGUUACGUAUGCUUAUCGACACACAAGCUGAAGCUGCAGACCAGCUGGGGACCAAUGGGAAACUGGUGGAGAGGCUAGUGGAGUGGUGUGAAGCCAAAGAUCAUGCAGGAGUGAUGGGCGAGUCAAACAGGCUUCUGUCGGCCCUCAUUCGACACAGCAAGUCCAAGGAAGUUGUCAGGACUGUGAUCCAGGGAGGAGGGGUCAAGCACUUAGUUACCAUGGCAACCAGUGAGCAUAUGAUUAUGCAGAAUGAAGCACUGGUGGCUUUGGGUCUCAUAGCGGCGCUGGAUCUGGUUGCAGCUGAGAAGGAUUUUGUUGCAGCCAACCUGGUGUCGGUGCUUCACAAGCUGCUGUCAGACGAGAGGAGUGCUCCAGAGAUCAAGUACAACUCUAUGAUCCUCAUCUGUGCAGUCAUGGGCUCAGAACCUCUCCAUAAAGAAGUCCAGAGCCUGGCCUUCAUUGACGUGGUGUCCAAGCUGAGGGCUCAUGAAAACAAGACGGUAUCACACCAGGCAUCGCUCACAGAGCAACGACUAACUGCCCAGAGCUAAAUGACUGUGUCAAUCCCCACCCACCCAAAUGCCUGCCUGACCACCUAAUUACCUGGUGACACCUCAUGACUGCUCUCCCCUGUGCCCCAUCGUUAUGUGCCAAGGUACCAUGUUAACUGCCAGCCAGACAUAGUCACAUCUCAUCCCUCGACCUUCUGCCCUCCCCACCUCCACUAGGGUUAGACUGAUGUGGGUUUCAGGAUCCCCACUACUUUGUGCUUAUAUUCAAAUCAUACAUUUUCUAAGUACAUUUUUAUUUUGAGUGAUAAGAAUCCACUCAGAAUUGAAGAACCUGUGUGUGGAAACGCCUAUGAAACUACCCCUGAAAGCCAUAAUACUGAGAUGUCUUUAGGUGGGAUAGCAGGUCCUUAAGGCAGGGUGAGGCCGGCUGAAUGUCAGGCUUUACAGACUGGCACCGCUUAAAUGCUCAAGCGCAUGUGGUUUGUAACUGAUACAUCAGUCUAGCCCUAGUCCCCACCUCUAUUUGUGCAUGCGUCUUCUGCUACAGGUAGCUCCACAAGAGCUGAGGCGCCACAGACAGCCUAAUGCAAUAGAGUAAGACACAACACUCUUUUAUGACCAUAGCUGUGAUACCAUCCGCCCAUAACCCACCAGUGAAAGUGUGCACAAAAGAAUAAAAAAAGCCUUCCUGUUGUGAUUUUUCUUUCAAUUUUAAAAAAAACAGCAGCCAUCCAUGAUGUGCCAAGUUGUGUCCCAUGUAGCUCAAGUAUAAAUUAACUAGAAUCUGUGCAUGUUUUAAUCCUGUUGAAGGUAUGCCAAUGUUCAUUUCACCUUCAUUUUAUCACUCACAUACCCCAAAAUGCAGCCUGCACUCCUCGACUGACACUCCUAGUCUUUUUUGGCUCUUCUUCUUAAGACUUAGAUAUUUUAUUCAGCUUUUUAUUCCCAUUUAUCCAAAUUUAUUCUGCCUGGUCCACCAGUUGUACAGUGAAGGUAGAAGCUCCGUGCAUUUCCACCCUGUCACUGACAGAGAAUCAUGUUAGAACCCGGUAGUCACAUUUGUUAGUAGACUUGAGUAUGACCAGGUUUAUAUAACAAAAAGGUCUAAAUGGGAUAGGGAAUGUGUCCUUCCCAAAGGAAAUAUAAUGCUUUAUAGGAUUAACAGAUGUAUAAAACUCUGCUGGAGCUUUGUUAGUCCACAUCUAGUGCCAUCACACAGUGUACCAUGGUCUGGCAUUGCUCUCUACACAAACGUCAUAAAUUUAUUACAAUAAAGUUAUUGCCUGAUCAAUAUUUGACACACUGCAUAGCCAAAUUUCUACAGGUAAAAUUUUGUUUUUAGUGCUGUGCACAGAAACCAAGAAAAUAUCAAUAGAAGAUCAUAUUAAAAUAUUUUUAGAUGAGCAGAAAAUAGGGAAGAGGAAAGAGACGUUCAAGUCAGAGUUGGCACAAGAGGGUAAAGUUAGAAAUGUAGACUGAAGUACUACAGUCCUGCAUCAAGGUUCACUCCCUGAUCAACACACAAUAUGCCCCAGCAGGGAUUUCUGGUGACGUGUCCGAUGCUGUGCCGACACCCUGUUAGCAUGCCUCGGUGUGUUUACUGGUCUGGCCCCACGCUAUUUUUAUUUUUUAUUUUUAAAGGUAUGAAUGGUUAUUUAUCAAAUCUGUGCUCUUCAGAAAGACACUCGCCAGUGGAGAUGUAUCCAUAGUAACUGCGUAAAUACUAUAAACUUAAGUGUUUGUUGUAAAUGUCAUAAGUUGUACAUUUGGAUGAUUGUAACUUAGCAGAUAAUUAAAAGAUUAUAGCUG